UACUAGUAUUUUGUGUGUGUGUGUGUGUUACAUGUACUAAAGGCGCGGGAGCCAUACAAGUGAAAGUAUAAGUUAAAAUAAUAUUUUUGUCUUGCGUUAUUGGAAUGGCCAGGCUUAUGUAGACAUAAUGAUGAAGAUCAAGAUGAGAGUUCUUUCGUGGUUUCUGUCGCUGAUUUGCGCUAUCAGGACUGAAGGUUUGUUAGUGCGAGGUCCUGCGAUGCCACUACUUGUCCAGCUGGGGGCGUCUGUGACGUUGCCCUGCUCUGUGGAUACCCCAAUACCUCUGCAUGAGCUGGUGGUGCUGUGGAUGAGGGAUUCUGGAAGCCUGGUACAUCUGUUCCUGGGAAGAGAGAGUCGGCCAGAAUCACAGAGCCCAGCGUACAGCGGCAGGGCCGAGUUUUUCACUGAAGAAAUCUCCAAAGGAAACUUCUCUCUGCUGCUUAGGAAUGUAACCACCGAAGACAAAGGGAUGCACAAGUGUGUAGUUCAAACUGAACAAGAGUCUAGUGAAGCAAAUGUGACAAUAGACACUGAGUGGCUGGCGGUGACUGGUGCAGACGUGCCUGUAUUUGCAUAUGCUGGUGAAGAUGUGAUUCUGAACUGCUCAGUGGACACCCAUGUUCCUCUCGGAGAGUUAGAAGUAGAGUGGAUGAAGACAAAUGAAGAAAUCCAGGUGCUGCUGUUCAUGGAGGGGCAGUACAGACCGGAGUCACAGCCUGAGAGAUUCAGAGGGCGUGCUGAGUUCUUCAGUGAGGAGAUUCCCAAAGGCAACUUCUCAAUGAAACUGAGGGAUGUAAAAACUGAAGACAGAGGGGAAUUCAUGUGCAAAGUCCAUACAGACAGAGAAUCAGUCAAUGCAACGGCAUACGUACAAGAACCGGGUUUUUCCAAUUGGCAUAUAAGCACCCUGGUUUUAUCUGUGGCUGCUGCAGUUUUUGCAGUUUUUAUCUGCAUUCCUGUUCUUCGAUGUAUACAAAAUCAAGAUGAAAGCAACAGGGCUCUGUUGCUAUAUUACAUCCACGUCUCAGUUCCAUGCAUCCUGAUAUCCAUCGCAUUCGCCUUAUGGGGUACAAUUGAAGGUUCCUUUCGAGAGGCUUAUGUUUGCUCUGUUAUGAAUCUCAUGAGGAUCCUAAGGAUAUUUAAGAUGUCUCCAUAUAAACCUCCUGGUCCAUGUCACAUUAGCGUCUCGAAAUUGGCUGUGCCAUUGGAGAUGUUUGUCAUUACAGCAGGGUACAAUUCUGUUGCUCUUCAGCCAUUAUUUACAGACCCUACAGUGACAACAGGAAAUAAAGUACUCAGUGGAAUGAUGCUUGGAACGCUGCUAUUAAUACUUGGAUUCGCAGCAGUGAUCUCUUCUGGGACAGAACCUCUCCUUAUGGUUCUGUUGCUACAAAUCGCCAUCAAUGCCCAAUUGGUGUGCAUUACGAUCCUCAUGAGUAGUCAAAUUUUUCUUGCACUGGUGUUGGUUACAGUGAAAUUUGCACUGCUUUUUGCCCAAGACUUAAUGUCAUGCUUGCUGAAAAGAUGUGGAUAUUUGCGUCAGAAAGUCUUCCUUCUGCUUUGGCUCAUUCUUGAUAUUGCAUUGAGCUUUGUAAUUCUGGGCAUCACUUUGGAAAACGAUAAAGAACUCCCUGUAUGGAUGUGUUUCUUUGCAUUCCUCUACAUCCUGACUGCCACAGUCGUCUUUCAGCACAACACUGAUGAUUAUGAUGAUGUUGCAUGGGAUGUAGCUCAUAUCCUUGUGUACGUUUUUGGUUCUAUUUUAAGUGUCAUUAAUUCAGUUGCUCUAGCAACAGAAGUGUUUCUGAAAGCAGGACUGAAGGUAAUUGACAUGUCAUAG